AUGGCCCAGGACAGCGAUUUGCCCAAGCCGGCGCCGGCUGCGGACAAGGGGAAGGGCAAGGCCGUGGACGAGGUCAAGGACGACAAGGCUGUCGCGGACGGCAAGAAGAAGGAGGACGACAAGAAAGAUGAGGAGCUCAAUGAGGAGGACCAGCAGCUUAAGAGCGAGCUAGACAUGAUGGUGGAGCGUUUGACAGAAUCCGACAGUUCCCUCUACAAGUCCGCCCUGGAGAUGAUGAAGAGCGCAAUCAAGACGUCCACAUCGUCAAUGACAGCAGUACCGAAGCCGCUCAAGUUUCUACGACCGCACUACGAGACCCUGACCAAGCUGUACGACGAGUGGCCCAACGACGAGAACAAGGUCUCGCUGGCAGACGUCCUGUCGGUGAUUGGCAUGACCUUCUCCGACGAGGACAGGCAAGACACACUCAAGUACCGACUGCUGGCCCCCACGACCGACAUUGGAUCAUGGGGCCAUGAAUACGUCCGGCAUCUGGCCCUCGAGAUUGGAGAGGUCUACGGCAAGCGCAUCGCGGCUGAUGAGCCCACCAAGGACCUCAUCGACCUGGCGCUGAUCCUCGUGCCCCUCUUCAUCAAGAGCAACCAGGAGGCCGACGCCGUGGACCUGAUGAGCGAGCUGGAGAUCAUCGAGGAAAUCACCAAGUUCGUCGACGAGAACACCUACCCCAGAGUAUGCCUGUACAUGGUAACCAUGGUGAACUUGUUGACGUAUCCCGACAACGAGACCUUCCUCCGCGUUGCCCACAGCAUCUACAUCCAAUAUAAGCAGUAUACUCAGGCUGUCAUUCUCGCCAUCCGGCUGCAUGAUUACUACCUGCUGCAGGAGGACUUCGACAAGGCGGAGGAUCCCCUUCUCAAGCGGCAGCUGGCCUUUUUGAUCUCUCGCCAGAGGAUCAUCAUGCCCAUGGUCCAGGAAGGCGAGGAUGAGAGCGACGAUCAGGAGUUGUACGAGUGUCUGCAUAACAUCAAGCUGUCAGGGUACUUCAAGGCUCUGGGCAAGGAGCUGAACAUCCUUGACCCCAAGUCUACCGAGGAUAUCUACAAGAGCCACUUGGAAAGCAGCCGGGUAGCCGGCAUGACCAACCUGGACUCUGCUCGACACAACCUCGCCGCCGCCUUUGUCAAUGCCUUCGUCAAUGCCGGUUUCGGCAACGAUAAGAUGAUGCUCGUCGACUCCCAGAAGGAGGCCUGGGUGUGGAAGACUAAGGGAGAGGGCAUGAUGUCUACUGUUGCGUCUCUCGGCACCCUAUUGAUGUGGGAUAUAGAAAACGGCCUCGAUAGCGUGGACAGGUACACGUAUGCGACAGAGCCCGAGAUUACCGCUGGCUCUAUGCUCGCUAUCGGCAUUAUGAACUCCGGCGUUCGCCUGGAAUCCGAACCGGCCAUUGCGCUCCUGGGAGAUGCUGAUAAGCUCCACCAUGAGAACCCUUUGGUUCGCACUGGCUGUCUGAUGGGACUUGGGCUGGCCUACGCCGGCUCCAACAAGGAGGAAGUCAUUGAUCUCAUCAUGCCUAUGAUCUCCGACUCCAAGGAGGACAUGCAGAUCUCCGCCAUGGCAGCGCUCGCUUGCGGUCUUAUCGCGAUCGGCACCUCUCAGCCGGAAGUGAGCGAGGCUAUCGUGACGACGUUGAUGGAUGAAGAGCGCAAGAGCCAGCUGACUGACAAGUGGACGCGGUUCUUGGCCCUCGGCCUGGGUCUUCUCUUCUUCGGCCGACAAGAAGAGGUUGAUGUUAUUCUGGAGACGCUCAAGGCCGUGGAUCACCCGAUGUCCAAGCCGACAGCCGUCCUGGCCGAGAUCUGUGCUUGGGCCGGCACCGGCGCUGUGCUCAAGAUUCAGGAACUGCUGCACAUUUGCAACGAGCAUCAGGAAGAGUCGGAUGAUAAGAAGGGCGACGAGCUGUUGCAGGCGUAUGCGGUCUUGGGUAUCGCGCUCGUGUCCAUGGGAGAAGACAUUGGCCAGGAGAUGGUGCUGAGGCAGUUUGGCCAUCUCAUGCACUACGGCGAGCCCAACAUCCGCAAGGCUGUGCCCCUGGCCAUGGGUCUGAUCAGCCCAAGCAACCCGCAGAUGAAGGUUUACGACACGCUGUCAAGAUACAGUCACGAUAACGACCCCGAAGUCGCCAUCAACGCCAUCUUCGCCAUGGGCAUGCUGGGCGCAGGCACCAACAACGCUCGACUGGCCCAGCUGCUCCGCCAGCUUGCCAGCUACUACCACCGAGACCAGGACGCCCUGUUCAUGGUCCGCAUUGCACAGGGUCUUCUGCACAUGGGCAAGGGAACUCUGUCGCUGAACCCGUUCCACUCGGACCGACAGGUGCUUUCCCCCGUCGCCACGGCCGGUCUGCUGACGACCAUCAUUGCCAUGCUGGACCCCAAGGACUUUAUCGCCUCCACCUCGCACUACCUCCUCUACUUCCUCGUUCCCGCCAUGCACCCGAGGUUCCUUGUCACGGUAGAUGAGGAUCUGAACCUUUUGAAGGUCAACGUCCGCGUGGGUCAGGCGGUGGACGUUGUUGGUCAGGCAGGUCGGCCCAAGACGAUUACCGGCUGGCAGACGCAGAGCACGCCGGUAGUGCUGAGCCACGGCGACCGAGCAGAGCUGGAAGACGAGGAGUACAUCAGCUUGAAUAGCACUCUCCUGGAGGGCGUGGUGAUUCUGCGAAAGAACCCCGAAUGGCAGGCGGAGCAAUAA